AUGGCCUCGCGGCCUAUCUUCGAACGGCCUACCUCGCCGCACGACCAGAGCAGUUUUCCUGCACCACAAGACACCACCGCUCAGCAUGCGCGUCCCGCUAGCAUUGUAUCCUCGCGAAUGACCGAUGUCGGUACCGACGAUGGCCGAUCCUCCAUCAAGGAAUCCAAGAACCGCACCCCCAGAACCGGCGCUGCCGGGUCUUCACGAACCAAAUACCCACCGAUAGCGACUCGUCAACACAAGCAGUCUGGCAAGGCACGGCCAACCGCGCCUGCGCCCACCACGAAUCGAAGCCAUGUCCCCUCGCUUACUUCGAAUGCCUUUUUCCGGCCCAUGAGCUCGCAAAAGCUCCAAGCACAGAGGGCUGCUGCUGCUCGUCCUGCCGCUACACUCCAGCCUCCGCCCGAACUCGAAAAUCUGGACGACGGCAUGACAGAUGCCGGUGCUUCUACCAUCGGAAACCCUGCAAUGCAUCGCAAGACACCCUCUGACGUCCGGCCCCAAUCUGGUCGCGCCGCAAUUGCAGAUCGAGAAACCCUUGAUCGCCUGACAGCCAACGCCACCCCUACAACAGGCCAUGUCGCAACCGAUAGCUUGACCGAUAGCGUGCGGCCGCUUCAGAAGCGCCAAAAUAGCACACAUGAGCAACCGGCCUCUCCGGUAGCCGAAAAGUCUACUCGUUCGUUUCGUUCUAGUUUCCGUCUGGGUCGCAGAAGUGAUGUUAGCACAGGCCGACACCGCGGUACCAACGGCGCUGAGAAGCUGUAUUCGAACGCUUCCUCUCCCCGACUGCAUCCGGUCGACUCGCAAGGCCGGCCUGUCACGGGUGCGACCCAAAAGACUGAGCGUGAUGACGGCAGACUUGGCUGGGUCUAUCAGUAUUUUGAGGGCAAUACUGUCUUCUGCCUGGGUGGCAGAUGGCAAAAUACCAGGCACAGGCCCAUGAACAUCGCCACUGGCAUAUUUGUACUCGUUCCCUGCAUCCUCUUCUUUGUAUGCGAAGCCUCGUGGCUCUGGCACAACAUUUCGCCGGCGCUGCCUAUUGUCUGCGCAUACCUCAGCUUUCUCUGCUUCUCUUCAUUUAUCCACGCAUCCGUCUCGGAUCCUGGCAUUCUGCCGCGAAACCUGCACCAAUUCCCUCCUCUGGGAGAUGGUGACGAUCCUUUGCAGCUGGGGCCGCCAACAAACGAUUGGACUCUCGUAAAGUCGGCAGAACCGUCUGCUGCUGCCAUGGAGGUUCCAGUGAAGCACUGUCGCACCUGCAACAUCUGGCGUCCGCCGCGUGCUCAUCACUGCCGACUAUGUGACAACUGCAUUGAGACACACGAUCACCACUGCGUCUGGCUCAAUAACUGCGUUGGCAAGCGCAAUUACAAGUACUUUUUCGCUUUCAUCACGAGCGGAACUAUUCUUUCGUUAUUCUUCAUUGGCACCAGCCUGGCUCAGAUCCUCAUUUACCGCAGCCGCGAAAACAUCACCUUUAGCAAAGCCAUUGACCAUUUUAGAGCCCCUUUUGCUCUGGUCAUCAUCGCCGCCUUGGCAUUUUGCUAUCCGUUUGCUUUGCUUGUCUACCAUGUCUUUUGGAUCGCCCGCGGCGAGACAACGAGAGAAUAUGUCAACUCGCACAAGUUUGACAAGAAGGAGCGCUAUCGGCCUUUUAGCCAGGGCAACCUAUUCAAAAAUUUCAUUGCAGUACUCUGCCGCCCACGAGGCCCAAGUUACUACACUUUCAAGGGCAACUAUCAACACGGCGAUCAGCGCCUAGGCAUGCGCCGUGAUCUGCGUCCCCGUCAAAACUCUCAGGGGAUGGAGCUAAACGCUGUCCAAGGCGACGCGCAAGGCUUCCAGGGGCCAGUCACUCUCCGUGGCGAGAGCCGCCAAUAA